AUGCCUCCUCCAACCCAGAGCCAAACACCAUCCCAAGCCCAAACGCAAAUGCCCGAUCUCACCUUCGAACGGAAAAACCAGGACAUGGUGAAACUGCCGAAAUACGCCCGCAUCACCAAACGCCCCAUCCCCCACGCCCCGAUCGCCUCCCCCUACGCCGGCCCCUCGAUCCCAAAAACAAUCUACAUUUCGUCGUCAACCCCCUACAUGAGCGCCGUCAAGCGCGUACAGAAGCUCCUCCGCCACGCCGAAAAACGCGCGACAACGUCCCUGGCAAACAAAACGAACAACACCAAACGCAAAUCCGCAUCGACGCAGCAGAAGAAGCUCGGCGCCGGCGAGCAAAACCAGCAGGAACGGCUUAUUGCCGCGCUGGCGAGGGGUGAAGAGCGCGAGCAGCUUUGUCAAGAGGAGGUCUUUGUUAAGGCUACCGGGAAGGCGAUGGGGGUUGCGCUGAAGGUUGGGAAGUGGUUUGAGAGGAAUGGGCGGGAGGCGGAGUAUCAGGUUCGUGUUAGCACGGGGAGUGUGCUUGUUGUUGACGAUGUUGAGGAGGAUGAGGGGGCUAAGGAGGGACUGCUGAGGGUUGGGCAGGGAGUGGAGGGGAAGGGUGCGGAUGCGGGUGCGGGUGGUCAGGGGAAAGGUGCCGCUGCGGAAGUCAGCGAGAAUAAGGGCGAUGAGACGACGACUAUGCUAGGCGAUACGACAAUUAUGACCGAGACCGAUGCUGCGAAGUCGUCGGGUCCUGCGGCUGCACCGACGAAGCCAAAGGCAGACCCGAAACCGCUCUCGAAAUCAGCACUGCGGAAACGAAAACGUGCGGCGAGUAUGGCUGCUUCACUUGCCGAGACCGAGUUGCCGGAGACCAGGACGCGCUGGGUCAACUCCGUUGAGGUAGCUGUGUCUUUGAAGUGA